AUGGGGUCUCCCAUCAAGGAUCUCGGGGUGGUGAGGGUCCCGCCUCGGGGAGGAGGCGAUCCCGUACCCUUGGGGGAGCAUUCCCGGCUGCGGGCGAGGUUUGUUGCCACCGUUGGGAUGGUGGGAGCCGUGCGGGCCCUUCCAAGGGCUGAGGGGUUGGGGGCCCCAGUCCCCGAGAUCGCCGAAACGUGGGUGUGUGACUCCCAGGGUGAAGGUUUUGAGGUUUGGGGUUUUUUUCUGCCGGUAUCAGCAGGAGGAUUUGUUUUAAAAUACUGGGUGAAUGCGCGGUGCUGCGUCGCAGAGGACAAGCGAAACAAAGAGGGGGUCCGUCACCCAGUCAUCUGUGUCAACAACCAUGUCUUCUGUUCCAUUUGUAUUGAAGUGUGGCUGAAGAACAAUAAUCAGUGUCCAGCUUGCAGGAUUCCCAUCACGCCUGAAAAUCCUUGCAAAGAAAUUAUAGGAGGAACGAGUGAAAGUGAUCCUGUAUUUAGUCCAACAGUCAGAAAACACCUACGUAAAACAAGGCUUGAGUUGCUCCACAAAGAAUAUGAGGAUGAAAUAGAAUCCUUGCAAAAAGAAGUAGAAGAUCUGAGAGGUAAAAAUCUCAGUUUACAGACACAGCUGAAGUCUCUUCUGGAUCCUACAGCAUCAGCUUUGUCUUGCCAAAAUGAGGAAACUAGCCAGUCAGCAAAUGAAGCAAGUGCCAGUGGCCCAGAAACCCCAGAGGAAUGGAGCAAAAAGCUGAAAGCUGCCAAUGAUAUGUAUGAAAAAGUGAGGGAUAAUAUGGAAAAGUUAAAGGAGGCAAAUAAGAAACUGAGCAUGGAAAACAAUAGCCUUUUAAGAGAGAAUUUGCGACUAAAAGCUGAAGUUGAUAGUAGAUCACCCCAAAA